AUGGAUUUCGCUGCGCCGCCGUCCGCCGCACUCAACACCGAGGCGGGCUGUGAGGAAGCAGACAUGUGCUUCCAGUGCCCCCCAGAGGCCUGCUCGCAGCGGCCGCGCGCAGAGUGCAGCGAGUUCCCCUUCGAAGGGAGCCCGCAGCGCUUCUGCCUCUCGCGCGUGAGGGCGUUCGACGAACCUCUGCCUCUUGGGAGGUCCGCGAGUGACGCAACUGUGCGCAUCUCACUAGACCGCAGUGUCUUGAUUGUUCUGGAGCCUAGGGAGCGGCGCCGUGGACUGCGGCGCCCGAGGAAGCCAGGCGACGCCUUCGUCACACCUGAGGACUUGGCGGCCUGCUCUCCGCCAGCCGCGAGCGGCCUCCCGCACGGCGAAGCUGGGCACGGGGGCUGUGGGGUCCUGCUAGAGCCGCAGGCGAAGGACUCUGAGGUCGAUUCCGAGUCAGAUGCUUCGCGCCGCAGAGGGCCGCCGGAGCGCCGUGAGGAGGGGAGCGCAGGCGCUGGCGGCGGCGAGGCGUCUCCCCCCACGGCCCUCUCCGCGCUGGCGCGCGCCUCGCUAGAGCACGCCGCCCCCGUCCGCUCGAUGUUAUGUUACCUCUGCAGCGUGAAGGGUCGGCCUGCCGAGGCCUCCGAUGUGGAGGCCUCGGCAGGCCCUAAAGCCGAGGCGGAGGGUUUGUCUCCUCUGUCGGACUUCUCGUGCCUGAACGAGCUCGCGUCGCGGUGUGGCGGGGCUGUCUGGGUGGGGCCGCGGCGCGUGGCGGCCUCGUCGUGCGCGCGGGAGUCCGCUGCGGCCCUGCCGUGGCCUCCGCUCUCGCGGGCCUCGUCUCUGACUUCGCACGCUGCUUCCUCUUCUUCGGUGCAGAGGGUUGCGUCGCAGCGCCCGGCGACGCACGCGGGGCUUCUUCGCAGAGGCGACGGCCGCCUCUCGGAUGUCACCUGGGACAUGCUGUGGCUCCAAGUUCCGGAGCCUCGCUUGUUGCUCCUGCGGCAACGCCAGCAGGAGGCGGCCUGCGCGCCAUCGCCUGAGGGCGAUCGUCACGCGCGUCCGCGGCGACGCGUGGUGAGCGGUCGCAGGGGCGCUCGCUCUCGCAUGGCGGGGGAAAACGUGGUUAGUGCUGCAUGCGAUCUGUUCUACGCGCCGCUGCCCAGCGCGUUCAGUGCAGGCGAGGAAGACGAAGAGGAGCGCUUUCUCAAGCUCCCCAGCGUCCCUGUGCUGGUCGCCCUCGCGGACGCCUCCGUCGACUUCUUCCUCUUCGAUCGCAUCUCCUCCGCGGAGGCCCCGCUCGUGGACUGCUGCUACGAGGACUGGUGCGCUUGGGGGCCUGCCGGCGGCGCGGCUUCUUCGGCGCAGGGCGAACUGCCGAAUGGCUACCUUGGCGGGCCCUGGGGGCAGCGACACCUUGCCGAGGCGCUCUGCGCGUGCCCGAAAAGCCGCGCUUUCUCCGACGAAACGCGGCUGCGAGAGGGAGACGCAGAGGCACACGGGCACGGGGCCUCCGCGCGCACUAAGAUGUCCCCGUGGCUCAUCGAGUGGGACAGAUGGUGGUGGCAGAAGCCCCGCGCGCCUCAAGAUCUCGCCGCCGCCGCGCUGGGCGCCGGGUUCGCAGCCACGCCGUCGUUCUCCGAAUUUAGGACGGACGACUCGGAAGAGGCUGACGAAGACAGUUUUCUCUCGUCCUCGAGUUCACGGGCGCCUUCUUCUCUGGGGUACUCUGUGGGGGAGCCUGCUCUCGGCUCGCCUCGCAGCGACUGGCGAGACGCGGCUGGUGUCCCCCCCGGGCCGCCCCACGCGCCAGGGCCUGGGGCAUGCUGGGGGAGUGAGGCAGGGCUUUUCCCGCUCUCGCACGUUGCCGACGCUGCAGCCACUGCCCACGGUUGUGGCGGCCGUGUGGCGUCGCCUGCGAGUUGGUUCAGCACGGAUGCUGAGAACUCGAUUCGCCGCUUUCGCGUGCCCCUGACGGCCUUCGUCCCGUUCGUCACAGUCAAGAAGCGGAAAGGCCGGCUGGCUGCGAAGAAAAGCACUGGGCAGGUGGAGCGACGCGCCAGAGGGGGGUCGCCUUGGCAUCAGGAGAGCGAUCGUGUGGCAGAGCACCAGCAGGAGGCCGAUUCGCUGUCUCCUCUUAGUCAGCGCAGAGCUCCCGCUCCCCCCACGGCGCGGCGUGCGUGGGGGGGCACCGAGAGCGACGCCCGCGCCCACGGCUGUUUUCGCCUCCAAUUCUGCGCCACCUCGAAACCAGAUGAAAUCGUCAUUGUCUGGAACUACUCCGUCGCCCUCUGGUGCUCGGUUUCGCAUCGCGGUCUGUUUGUGAAACGCCGUUUUUGGCUCCAACGCAGUCUGGGCUUCAGUGUGUAUGAGCGCAAUCUGUCAUCGACGUCUCAGGACUCGCCGUCGCUGCCUUCUUUCGCCUCGUCUCUCUGGAAGGCGCGCACGCACGCCUUGGCGCCAGUGCAGAUCCUCUCUCUCGCCUCACGUAAUGAUCUUCUGUUUGCUCUCACGGCUCCGCCGAGGCAGCAUCUGCUCAUCUGGUCGCUCUGCGGCGUCGCGCUCUACGCCGUGACACUGCACAGCUACUCUCCUCUCUCCGCGACGCCCGUGCCUGCUUUCGCCCCAGUUCUGAGUCCCUCUCUCUCCCCCUCAAGAGACUACACCCACGCGGCGCUGAGGAGGAGAUCAGAGUCGCCUCCUCGGAUUUUUACAGCCGACGCGCGAGACGCGGCCGCAUGCGCGGACGCGGGGGCGCUCCACGGGGUUGCGGUGUCGUCGCUGUCAGCCGCAGCGUCCACCGCCGGCUCGAUGUGGGAGGCGGGGGGGAACAGCUGGCGAGGAGAACGUGAGCGGGCGCGCGAAGAGAAAGGCGAGGCGGCAGCGGAGGAGCUUCUCGGCGAAGGCGACCGGGCGUCUCCUCGGGGACCAGAGCAGGCGCAUCGGCGUCGGCGAGGGGACGCUGUCGCGUGGCUCUCGGGGCCGUGGAGAGCCCACCAGAAGCAUUUGGCCGGGGCGCGUCGCCCUUGCGUGCGAUGUCCUGUCUUUCUUUCUCUGCAGGUCAGGGUCGACUGCGCCUACGCGGUUCUGACUGACAGCGAUCAGGGCGUCUGGUGCAUCGACCUGGACGCCUACUUUGCCUCUUCUCCGCUGGAGACCGCCAGCCAUCUUCUCGCGUCGUCGUCACCCUCUAGGGGCCUUCGCCUGUCUUCGCUGUCGGGCCUCUCGUCGCCUUCUUCGCUUUGGCAACCGAGCGGCGCUGGAGACUCGACGUCUCCGCCGGGGGGCGCGUCGGCGAGCUACCUCUGUGCGACUGCUGUGAGCGCGCUUCUGCCGCCGUCUGCAGCUUCCAAGUUCUUCCCGCCCUCGCUUUCGUCUUCCUCCUCGUCGCGCGGCUCCGCGCGACCUUCGUCACCGUCCUGCGGGCCUUUUGGAGCCCCAGGGGGGGCCGGGGGGGCCUCCGGUCCGUCGUGGGUCGCGGUGUUGGAAGACCGUCGGCGUCUGGCUGAGAGUCUCUCCUGGGCGACCCAGCUCCACCAUGUCUCUGCCUCUCUGUCGGCUUUCCCGUCAGCCUUCAAUCUCCUUCCUCUCGUCAUUUCACUCAAGCGCGCGGACGGCCCUGACGCCCCGAGCUGCCUAGGCGGCACCCUCGCGGCUUCUGGUUCAUGCGUGAGGCCUUUUGAGGACGCCAGCCGCGCCGGAGUAAGCCAAGCGCGAGGCGCCGACGAGCGGAAAUCUGCUCAGAGAGAGGCCUCGCCUGCAACGGGUGCCGGUGGUAGCCAACACGCGAUCGCGGUCAACCAGUGCAACGGCCCGACUCCGCCCUUUCUGAACGGCGCUGCGGAGGACGAAGAGCCGUCUCAGAGUCGGUUGCGGGUUGAAUGCUCGCGCCUAACUCCCUCGAGCAGCCUGCUGCGAAGCUCGCCCCGUCUGUCCUCGCCCGCGGGCAUCGACGACCCCAAUGAUCUUCUGCGUGGAGACAGCUUUAAGAGUCCGCGCGCGUCGUCGCGGCCCAGCUCUUGUCCGUCUCCGCGCCCGCAUACCGGACGGCCUCAGGGCGCGCGGUCAGUGCCCCAGCGCCCCGCCGAGCUGCCCGCGACGCCGGCGGAGGCGUUUGACGAUCUCCUCGCGGAGUGCAGUCGAGUCAAUCUCUCUGUGUUCUUCACCCGCGACCUGGGCGCCGUGCCCAUCGUCCCUCAGGCCCUCUGGAGACCCGCGGAGGCCUCAACGGGACGGCGGCACCUUCCUCUCGGCACCGGUGCGCCUGGAGGAGGCUCCCUGCGGUCGAUUGCGCAUCGAGAGACAACCCCGCCAGCCUUCCCGAUGUCGCCGCAGGAGCACAGCCGGCAGUCAUCGCUUUUUGCAGAAGAGGCUCAGUCGCACCCUGAGAGGGGAGAGGCGGCCUGGCGGACUGCUUCCGACCACGCGGAGGAGUUUGCGAAGCCUGGCGAGACAGGCCCGCGGAAGCGACAGGCUCCUGGAGCGGGCGGCGGACGGGCACUUCACUUCGCAUUCAGAAGAGAGGCCGAGCUGAGAGGCGACGCAGAGGCGCGUCGCGGAGGCUGCGGCAGAGGCGACGAUUUCCGUGCGAGGGCUGGAGCCGCGCGAGAGCAAGGUGUCUACACGCGCGACGGUCUGUGGACCGAUGGGGACGUAGCGGAAGAAAGACAAGACAGUGAGACAGACGACUUUCUUCUCUUCACAGGCGGAUCCGCAGAGCCCUGGCGCCUGGUAUCCGGACCUGACGGGACACCUCCUGCAGUCGUCGUCUUCGCGACACCCGCAGAGCUGCAGGUGGAGACGUUCCUAGCGAGGAACCAAGCUGGCCGUCUGUCAGCUCAGCAGCGGGACUCCAAGCCUCGGUCUCGCUCGCCGGCGACCGCUCAGAGUUCGCGGCUGUCCUCGAUAGGCUCUCUCCAGUUGCCUCGCUCCCUGGGAGAGACGGCGCAGACUGGGCUGACCGCCCUCACGCGCCGCGGCGGGUCCCCGUCUCCCGCGCCGCCGAGGGCGGCGCUGGCUGACCUCCUCGCGCUGUCCCUUCUUCGCGCCUCGAGGGCCGUCUGCGCGCCGCCGGUGCACGACAGGCGCGCGGCGCUCGCGCCCGAGGGGCGCUUCCGGGACGCGUCUGGGGACAGGGCCCCGCAUGCGUGUCCGGCCGGCACUGAGCCCAGCGGGGGCGUUUCUCAGGUGCUUGAGACUCCCUUCGUCUCUGCUUCGUCUUACCGCCUGGGGGCCCUAUCGGGCCGGCCGUGGCUUGAGUCCCUGAGUGGAGCGCCCCAGGGUCUCGCCGGCUCCGGGCUCGCCGCGAGUGACAGCCGCUGUGGGCUCCAGGAGGACGCUGGGCGCCCUCGUCGGCGCUGGUUUGAGCGCCCCAAGCCCGAAGAACUUCUCGAGCUGUCUUUGGGGUCCCCCCCCCCAUCGCAUGCGGCUGGGGGUGCGUCGCCUCAGCAGGUGCGCCAUCAGCGACUUCUGCUCUCUCACUUGCAGAGCGGCGGCAACGCGGUGCUGCGACUCGUCGCCCCGAGCGCCCCCGGGUCCUGGGUCUCGAAUCCCGGGGCCUUGUGGGGCGUGGGGAGCGGGGCGGUCCCUCCGCCGUUGUACGGGGCCUUCGGCGCCAGCAGCAUCUCAGGAACCUCAGGCCAGGCGACGUACAGCGCGAGCUUCUUCGGGGGGCAGCUCGCGUCGCUUGCGGGAGCAGGCGACGGCAGCCUGGUCGGCGAAGAGCGGGCAACGGAAGACGACGACAUUCGAGACCGUCUACUUUUUAGUUCGCCUGCGCAGUUCUUCGCCUCCAACGUGAAUGCCGGUGGAGGUGCGCGCCGAGGCGGGCCGCUCGGCUGGAGCAGCGACGCCUCGGUCAUGCUCCUGGAGCUCGACACCUUCAUGGAUCGCAGCAGCGGCGCCCUCAUGAAGCUGCGAAUGCGCAGAGAGGCCGAUGCUGCCUUGGCUGCUGGGGAUUCUUUGGGCGCCUUCCCAGCGCACGAGGGCCUGCCCUGGCGAGAGGCGCCCACGGGGGGCUCGCCGUUCCCCUCGGGGUCCUUCAGCCCCGCGGGCCUGCGCACGGGGGAACCCAGCGCAGCAGCCGAAGACCUCUUCGCGCUCCUGUCCGCGGCGCUGCCGCCGGGCGCUCAGGAGCAUCUUCUGCCCCUGCUGCUCGCGUCGGCGAGCGGCUCUGACGAAGAAGAUGUGCCAUGCCCCUUCAGCACCCAGCAGCGGUCGUGGUCGGCGCGUCUAUCCAGUCGCGAGGACGCCGAGAGUUGGCAUGAGGUCUCUGAAUCGCCUGCGUGUGGGUGCGCCGCAUGUCUGGGGCCUGCGAUCUUGCCUUCCUGGCUCACGGGCGCGCGCCUGCCCCUUUUCUGCUGCGGCUGUCGCCGCGCGCGCACGAAGCGGCCGAGCGACGACGCGCUGCGGGGCGGACGUACCUCAACGGGGACUGAGGCGGGCUCCAGGGGGGGGCCUGUGGGGCCCCGUGGCGGGUGGAGCCGCUCCAGGCCGCACGAGAGCGUCUCCAGCGUCAGCUCGGGGGCCUCGUGGGCCUCCGGACUUGGCGCCUCGGCCUCCAGCGUCGCGACCUCGGUCGUGCGGUCGGUCUCCGCCUGCAGUGCGAGGCGUGCGGCCUCGACGGCGGGGGUGCGCAUGGAGCCUGUCGCUGGAGCGAACGAGUCUCCAUCUACCUCGUCGCGGCUUAUCAGCUGUCGCCCACUGGUUGCCGCGGCGUGGCUGGAGCGAGGAUUCGCCGGCGGCGUCGAUCUGCUGAGAGAGCAAGAGACGCGGCGCGCACGGGCCGCGUCCUCGCGGCGACGCGAGGGAGACACGCGUGAGGCAGUCUCGUCCCUUGGUGACUCCUUCCAGCGGCACGGGCGUCACGCGGUCGCGGCCCGAGGGUGCCACUUCCAUUCUGGCCACGCCACGGGGCAGGAGGCGUCACAGGCGACCCUCCUGGAUACGGAGAGGCGCGUCGAGACGCGGGGCUCGGCGGACAUGCGUAACGCUCCCGACGACGCACUUUCGGUUUCCUUACUCGAUACGGAGAAACCGUAUGAUCCUUCCCCCGUGCUGAGUGCGCGGCCCGAGGCGUGCGCCUGGAGGCCUGCUGGGGAAAACCACGUAGAAGAUUCGAGCUCUCUAGAGAGCUGGGCAUCGACUGGCGGGAGCGAGGACUCAGGCUGCGACGCGUGGAGCGACGAACUCGACGACCGUUCUCGCUGGCCCACCCCGAAGGCUGGCUCGGGCCUGGGGCCUCCAGCCCCCGCCGGCAGGGGGUCUCCGGGGGCGCUUGCGGGGAGUGUGCCCAGCCCAGGAGGCGCGAGACCGGGAAGCGGAGGGAGCACAUGCCGGCACGCAAGGUGGUCCGACAACGACACACAGUGCGGCGUCACCCUGAUGCAAGUUCAUCUGUCUCUCCAUUUCAUUGCAGUCGAAGCGUCCUACGCGUGCGCCUGUCCGCCCGACGCGCCGGAGACGGAGGCGAGUGCAGAUAGAGCAGCGCGAGAGUGUAAGUCUGCAGCGGGGGCUCAGGGUCAGCGCCUUGAGCCCCGGCACUCUCCCCUGCAAGCGUCUCCCUGCCGCGCCGCUCGCUGGUCUGGCUCCGCUUCUUCUUCCUCGAUGGGGCCCGCGUCUCCUCACCACCUUCUUUGGCUGUUGCAUUGGCCGCAUAUCCCGGAGGAAGAAGGUGAGCUGUCUCUCGGCUUCCCUUAUGCCUCACCGCUGCGGGCGCCAGAUCAUGGGGCCGCGUGGGCAGGGUCCACAACGCCUGCGGGGCGAGACCCGCCCAGCGCCGUGCGGACGGACGCCGCGGCCUCCUCGGCGCGCCGCGCUGCGGCGGCGACGAGGAGGCUGAGUGUGAGUCGCUCGCUUCGGUGGCAGCUGUUCGCCAGCCGCGUGCUGUCGCCCUGGAAAGGCCUCUGCGUGAGCGACCAGGCGUUCUACCUCUUCUCGGCCUUGUCGCUCUUCACGCUCUCGCCCUCGCAGAGCCCGCUCUCAGUGCUUCUCAACCUCGCCAUCUUCGAAGGGGUGACCUCCGCCGCCGCGUUCGCCGCCGCGAACGGCGUCGCCCUCAAGUCGCUGUGUCACCUGCUCCUCUUUGUCGGCCUGAGGUACCGAAAGCUGGAAAAGGUCAAGUUUGCGCUCGGCUUCCUGCCCGAGCCGCAGCAAAUGGUCGCCGUCCGCAUGCUUAUCCUGUACGUUCUCCACGGGUACAGCACGGAGCGCCUCGUUGUGCCGGUUCGCCUCCCGCCUGCCUCCGACCUGUCCCUCGCCUCCUCGCUUCCUCCUUCUUCCUCCGCUGGGCUUCACGCGACGGCUCCAGAGCCCGACGCCCGAGGCGCAGACCUGGAGCCGACGGGGUCGGAGACCGGAGCGGCGCCUGCAGAGGCUGGCGAGGAGUGGGGGGCGGCCUGCGGCGCUCGUCGCGAGGUCGUGGCCUCCGCGGGAAGGGAGACCUGGAGAGACGACGCUGGCGGCAGCUGCGCCGCCCCCCUCGAGCAUGAAGCGGAUUUCUACACUGCUGUCGCCCCAGGACUGUAUGCGACAGUGGUCUAUCUGCUGGAUCUGCUUCACUCUCCCUCGCGCGAGUGCCUGCUGCCUUCUGCCUCGAGCCUCUAUCCGGCGUUAUCCGCGAACGCGCAGAGCCCUCUCCUUCCUCCCUCAGCUACGCUCGGUUGUCUCCCUACCCAGCCCCGGGCCUGGAGCACCGCGGGGCGGCCCCUACUCAACGGCAACGCUGUGAGGACAAGCUCGCCGCCCAGUCUGCAGUGCGCAGCUCUCGAGGCGCUUCCGUCCAGCGGGACGGUGCCACCGCCCCCCCCCUCGUCGUCCUGCGCUUCGUGUGCGUCGGAGUCCGCCCGCGCGAACGCCGGCUUUCUUCAGGGGGGCGGUGCCUCUGCUGCUGCCUCAGCUCCUGCCUCAGCCCCUGCUGCUGCGCGUGAUGCGGUCCGGAAGGUGCGACGCGCCUCUGUGCUCGCCGGCGUACAUCGCGGCCGCGCGCCUUUCGCGGCGAAGGACGGCUUUCCGCUUCCGGCGAUUUGCAUCCUUGCCCCGCAUGCGCCUACGGGUCAACUGCGCGAGGCGACGCACCCUCGAGACGCCAGGCUGUCUCCCUCCCCCUCGCUCGGCACUCUGUCCGACGGCGCCGACCCGCGUCUCGGACCGUGCGGGCCCGAGACUCCGGGCAUCUCGCCCGCCCUCGUGGGGCUCCAGUUUCCCUUCCUGGCGGCGGAGGCCAUCGAGCGCGCCCGCGCGGCCGCCGCGCGGUGCAUGGCGCUCGCGGCCGCGUCGCUGAAUCGCGGCGCGUCUCUCCCCUCUUCCGCGCUUUCUGCACUCGGCGGAGCUUCAGCGCCCUUCUCCCCGCGCCUAUUCAGCGACCCAGCUGUCUCGAAUGUCCUCUUGCUCUUCGGAGAUCGAAGUCUCGCGCGCCCGGAGGCGCCUUCGGGCGCAGGGUCUUCUCCUGCGGGCGCCUCCCACUGGACUACCGGGGCGUCGGCGAGUGCCUCGAGCCUCGUCUCGGCCUUCGGCGCAGGCGGGGGCGAGCGGAGUGGCGUCCCUGCGGCUCCUUCCAGCUGCGCCGCGGUGGGAGCGCCUUCCUCUGCGUCCGCGCGAGGGCGUUCCGGCGAAGCGUCCGCGGAGGGGAAGCGCCAAGAGAGGCUCCUUCUCGAGGCGGGCGCGGCGGCCGCGGCUGCGGCAGCGUCUUCGCUUCUGGCCGUCGAUCGCGCCUUCGGGUCGCGCCUGCUGGCGAUCAUUCUGCAGUUCAUCAACGCACUCAUCGGGCGCCGCGUCAUGCGCAAGAUUCAGAUCUGCGAAGACCGGACGCGUAGACGGGAGAGGGCCUCUCGGCUCGCGGCUCCCUGGCGCGUCUGUGCAUCUUCCGCCUCGUGCCCGGGCGGCGGGUCACCGCCGACUGCAGCCUCUGCAGAGCCCAUAGAGGAGGGGCUUUGCGAUCCUGGAGGCCUGGGGGAGGAAGCGGAGAUGAGCGCAGAGAAGAGAGCUCAGCAAGUGACAGAGGAGCUCUCGGAGCUGACCGCCUAUCUCCAGUUCAUUCGCGCGCUGCAGCAGGCGCUCAUUGUCUCUCUCCCGUCUGCCAGGGUCUGCCGCCUCUCCGCCGCACACUUCUCUCAGCGCCAGGCGUUCGCGGCCACGCGACGCACUUCCUCAGCGGAGUUCGUACGCGGACAGGAACGCCCCCCGCGAGCAAAGGAAACGGACUACCAGCGAAGAACGUUGAGACGAGAUGUCGAGGAGCUCGAGAGCGAGGAAGAAAGGGAGGCGACGCGUGAGGCCGCUUCCGCUCCUCUUCGGGCCCCCUCCUGCAAGCGAAAAGCUCGCAGGCUCCGCGGGGCUCGGCUUCCUGAACAGACGCGCGAGACGGAUAGCGACGACGAGACUGCGCAAGAGCCCAGUGAAGACGACGCGGCGCGUCCGCGCUCCACGCCCCCCUCGCCGCGCCCUUUCUCUUCUCCUCGCGGCGAGCAGCAGGAGCGCGAGCCACGCGGCGAACGAAUCUCCUUUUCUCUGGUGUCUCAGGCGGGCGGCGCGACCUCCGCUGCUGUCGCCGGGGGGGAAGAGGAGGCCGCGGCGGUCCAGGCCGAACAGGGGGAGGAACGAGAGAAGACGGGGAAAGGGAGGCGCGAGGAGAAGGAACAGAGGCAGGUCGCUCGCCAUCUCUCGGCAGCGCGAGCCGAGGCGACUGCUCUCGCAGCUGCCGUCACCUCCUGCAGCAUUCGAGAGAACUUGUGGCCUGCGGACGCAGACGUCGAGGCGGUGAUUCGCGACGGCUUUCUCACCGGGCGCGUGAGCUCUGCGCUCGUGUGGCUGGAGCGCCGGCGAGCCGCUGCAUGCGCAAAAAAGCGGGCAUUUCUUGAGACAGACGCGCACUCCUGCGGCUCGCUCUCUGCCGACGAGCGAAUCGCAGAGAAGUCUCGACGGGGGACUGCCGCGGCCGCGGCGCCCCGAUCGCGUUGGCUGGAGCGGCCGCAGAACGACAAGCGAGACGGUGGAGAAGAAUAUGGAGGGGGAGAGAAACAAGAGGAUAGGAGGCGGAGCGUGGAAGGCAGCGAACUCGGGGAGGAGACAGACGAGACGGCUAUGGAGACGCUGCAGAAAAUCGGGAGGCGGAUGGCUUUCCAGCUCUUUUGCAACCAGCAAAUUGAAUUCUUCUUCGUCGGCAUGCAGAUGCUCAGGCAACUCGGGGUGAACGUGCCUGCCUUCUGCAUGGCGGCGGCCUUCUCCACAACGCGGCCGCUGGUGCGUCGGCGCCUGCUGCGUCACCUGAGGCACAUGGGGCGUCUCAGCCGCGCGCAGCUGCGGCUCAUCGACUUCCUUCAGGUGUUGGAGCAAGAGUUCACGAAUCCGUGUUACACGGCCGAGUUCAAUCGGCAGGUGACGCUGUCGCUGACUUUGCAGCAGCCUGUUCACAUUCUUGACUCAGUUCCGCCGCUUUCUUCUCUUCUCUCCCUGCCUCUGAAACCUUCGAAGCGGCACGACGACGGCGCGGCCUCGGCGCCCUCGCGCUCCACCUCGCCCUCACCGAAGCGGCGCGCAGCCGCGAGAGGAGAGCAUGAGGCGCUCGCCGAGGAGUUCGUCUUCCCUCCGCUGAGCGGGAGAGUCGCGGGCGUCGCGGUGUGGCCGCCUGGCGGGUUCCCUGCGCUCUGGAUGAGCCUCGACUGCGCGGGGAUCGUCGGCGCGGAGACGAAGGCCGCUCUCCUCGCGCGCCUGGCACCCUUCUUUCUGUUUGAAGACCCCCGCGAGUGCGAGGGCAGCGAGCGGAAACUCUGCAGCAAGCGCCUGCAGGCUUUCCUUCAAGCGACGCGCCAGCGCGAAGACGGGCGAGGCCGCGAGGACUUCGAGCUCUGCGGCGACCGCGUGGUGGCGUCGCACUCCCUCUCAGACGAAGACCGCGACUACACGAUGCUCUCUCUGCAGGACGGCGCUGCCUCCUCCCCGCCAGCGCUUGGAGCCCCCGGCCGGCGCGAGCCGACCGCCGGGCGCGCCGGCUCUCCAGGCGCCUCCGCGACGCCCCAGGACAUGACGCAGACCGCGGCGCUCAUCUCGCACUACUCAAACGACGCUGUGACGGCCUGGGCGCACCUGGAGGUUGGCGACGUGGACGAUCUGUCGUGUGCGCGUAUGUUUGGAGUCCCGGCCUUUCCCCACAAUCUCUCCACGGGCGCGGGCUCCGCGGCGACCGGCGAGGGGCUCGACUCGCACACGGCGGCCGCCGCCGCGGCGCUGAACGAGGCGCUCAGCGCCGCGACGGGCCUCGACGGCGGGGAUGCCGCCCAAACCCACGAGCCGCUGAGACAGGAGACAGGGGACCAGCCGCGCGGCGCGGACGCGCCGGCGCUGAGGAGGCGCGCGAAGAAGCUCGCGGGGACUGCUGCGGCUUGGGACGGGGGGGGGAAGACGCCGCGCGUCGAGGCGGAGAAGAAGGCAGAGAAGGAGGCGAAGCUGCUGACAAGGAAGCGGCAGACUGCCAAAAGAUCCGGGGAGAGAGGCGAGCGAGGCAACGAAAGCCGACGGGAGGAAGCCAGAGAGGAAGGGGCAAAGCGCGAGAGAGAGAGAAGAGAGGACGACGAUGCAGUUAAGGAGCUGGAAGGAGACGACGGCGGCCGCGCAGGAGCGAAGGACAGGACGUUCACCGACGAAGAGAGGUGGCCCGCUGGAGAUCCUCCACGAGAGUCGGCCGCCGAGCAGAAGAGUCUCCCUCAAAAGGCCAACGACGGAAGCGCCUCUCUGUCGAGUCCGCUGGUUGCGAGCCCGGCGAGGAGAGGACAGCAUGACGGCGGAGUGAGAAGGAGGCGGCGAAAAGAUUUUGGCGGGCACCACGCAGAGGAAAGAUCCGGACAGCUCGCCGAAGAAACGCGCCUGAUGAAGAUGAGGGGCAUAUGCUGGCACUGUCGCCACGCGGACAUUCGCGACUUGGAUUUCUCUUUCUGCCGCGCUUCGGUUCGCCUGCCCUGGAGGGGACUGGGUCACCGCAGGCGAGCUUUGGAGGAAUCUCGACGAGGAGGCGAAGAGAGGAAUAAGAGGUCUUCGCGGCGGCCGCGCGCGGCUCGAUCUGCUCACGCCGAGAGCGGGCAGGACGACGGAGAACCUCGAGGGGCGGAGGGAGAGGCAGCGAGACGCAGAGCAUCGCGGAAGAGAUCGCCCACGCCAGAGGAUGCCGUGGGUCUCGAGCUGUCGAAUUCUGACUGGACUGACCGCGACGAGGACGCUGCACACGAGGCGCAGCCUGUGGAGGGCGACAGACAAUCGGGAGCGGCGGACGUCGGCGUGUCGCGUCGUCGCCUGAGAAACCCUGAGGCGGAAAAUUUGCCCUCGUAUUCUUCGUUUCUCGAGGCUCUCGAGAUGCGCCUUCCCAAGCGGUCGAUUCUCAGCGGCUACCUCUGCGUGAAGCUCGCCUGGAUGGCGCGCUGGAGCCGUGGAACGUCUCUGCGGAUUCUCCUCGAGCGCCGCUACGUCUCGCUGCUGGACGAGCUGAGGUCUGUUGAGCCCGAGGAGAGAAAGCCACGAGAGGAGCGGAGCCGAACGCGCCGCAGGAAGGCAGCGGGGGAGGGCGGAGACGGGAGAGGCGAAAACGCUGUCGAGAGAGAGAAGAAGCGAGAGAUGAAGAGCGCGCGAACAGAUCUCGGUGACGAUGAGAGAGAGAGAGAAGCGCCAGACAGGGCGCGGAAGGCGGGUUUCGCUGCGGGGAACGGCGAGCAUGGAUGGAAGGCCUCCUCAGAAGAGGGAGAAGAAGAGGAAGAAAAGACAUGCGACAGCAGAGCACGCCAAACGAGAAGGCCCAGCAAGCGAGGCAGGGAAGGAGAGAGGCGAAGAGACAAGCAAGCUGACGGGCUGAAGCGGUCGCGAGAGGGCAGGGGCAGCAGGCCCUCCUCCUUGCAAGUCAGUUCGCAUCGCCCCCAAGGUGAAGGGAAGAAGAAAACCGUGUUUUCGAUUAUUGCUUCGUCUCUCAGUCUCCACGGAAGAUCCUUCGGCCUCUGGCGGCACGCGCUGGACUACUUCAUCAGCCAUCACGACUGGCGCGGCGUGUCUCUCUGGGAGCUGGCCGUCCGAGGCGUCCUCUGCGAAAGCACCGGCGACCUCGCUGGGUUUCCUCUUCUGCUUCGGCGACUCGCCAAGGCGGGGAUCCUCUUCAACGUCGCGAGCGAGCAGGAAGCAGAGGGCGGCGAGGCGAGCGAGGGAGAGGCGAGAAGACGCCUCAAGCAAGCGAAUCGACGUGAGGACGAACAGCCUUUUCUGUCGCUGAGUCGCGCAUUCAUGCCGCUCCGCCGAGUGUCGCCCUUCCACUGCUUCCUUCUGCUGCUCUUCAUCGCCAACGAAGUCCCCGGGCUGGUCAGCGCGCACCUGCAGGUCUUCCGCCUCGGGUGCACGUAUGCAGCCGUGCGCGAGUUGAAGCGCGCCCUGCGAGAGACCUCGCGUCGUCUUCGCGCGGGCGCCGCUUCUGGCUGGCGCGCGACGUCUGUCUCUUCGAGUCUUUCGGCGCGGGCGGCAGAGGACGGCGAAGAGCCGAACGAAGCAGGGAGGGAAGGGCGUCUCGACGUCGACAGCGCGGGAGCAGGCAGCUGGGGCGCCGUUGGGGGGGGCAGCAGCGCGUACUGGCCCACGGUGUUGCUUUUAGGGCGGUUAGGAAACAGCGCGCUCUUCGCGACGGCGCUGCAUCAGGCCGCGUGGCUGCUGCUCAAGGAAGAGCGCACGCAGCAGACGAUUUCAUCCUCUCCGCUUGAGAGUGGAGAGCUUCCGCCACACGGAAGCAGCGAGAGAGGACAGUCGCCCGCAGGCGACGGCCGGGAGCCUCACGCUCGUCGCGGGGGGUGGAGAAUAGGGCAGCAAAGAGGAGGCGUCGGAGAAAGAGGAUGGAAUAGGGACGCGGAAGGCGAGCGACCAGGCCUCUCUCUGCGCCAGCUUGUCGCGUACGACAGCGAGCACGUCGGGUUUAUUUCGCUCAAUUCCCUCGCGUUCGUCGGGCGGCCGCUUCUUUUUCUCGCCUCGCUCAUGCUGCUUCCACUGGCUUCGGCUCUCGACGCAGUCCACGCAGACGCAGACAUGCCCUGGCGUCUCCAGGAGGAAACUUUGAGGGCCGCCAUUGAAGACUUUCCUGACUUGUUCGCCGCGUACUACCCCGAUGAAGCGCAGCCGCGGUUCAGCGGCGUUCCGUCGUCGGCCUCGACUUCCUCGUCUCUCUCGUACCUUUCUCCUCUGUCAUGCGCAGGGCCGCGCCUUGCGUCAGCGCGAGGCACCGAGAGCCUGGACGGAGACAACCUGGGCGACGGCAGACGCUCGCGCGGACGUCUGUCGCUGCCUCUCUUCGAGCUGGUGCUUUGCCAGCAGCACAAGCAGCGCAUGGAGGGACUGCCCCUGCGAGGGCGAGAAGGCGGAGGAGGAAACGACGGCGCCAGCUGGACGGGCGCGGCGAUCAGCUGCGCGGAAGGCCUGUCGCGGAGCGGCGGCGUCAAAGGCGACGCGGCUCUGGAGCCGGGCCGCCGCGGCAGGGACGAACUGCCCUCACCCAACAAGACGCCAGUCUUCUCUGCUGUGCGUUCGCGGAGCGGAGAGAAGCCAAGCGGCGUUCGCCCUCGCGACCCAGAAUGCGAGAGCGAAGGCGUGGAGAGUCUCGAAGGGCUGCUGCCGCCGUGCGUCGUCUCCGCGGGGUCCCAGGGAGGCGAGUUGUCUGCUCUGGCCCUGGCCACGUGGCGCGGCGAUGUCUCGCUUUUCACGCUUCUGUCAGACAUCACGGGCAUGGACGCGGCGAGGUUGCUGCGGCCGCUGCCUCUAUUUGAGCGGCUCUUCAAGAUCCAGCGCGACAGACAGAGACGCCGCCGCCUGAGGUCGUUCUGCGCCGCGCAGGCCGCCGCCUUGGGGACGAGCGAGGGGGGCGACCGGCUGCGGCGCGCCCGAGAGGAAGCCGUGAGCCGGCAAGAGGAGGCGGAAGGCGAGCGAGUGCUGCAGGCUUGGUUCAGGUCGGGUCGCGCCUUCUCGUCCAUCAAAGCCGAUCCGGCGGCGAGAGAGGGCGGCGGGGAAGACAUCUCCACUCACGCAGCCGACCGCGCAGACACGUCGCCGGGCGGCGCACUCGCGCUGCUUCACUCGCCAGCCGUGAGCGAGGCUGCCUCGGCUUGUACCGCUGAGGGUCUCAGCAUCGCGUACUACAUCGCCCAGGGGCGCCCCGCGAUGGCGUUUCAUCUUCUCUUCGCCCUGCGCGCCGCCUCCUCCUCGCCGACGGACCCCGCCGCAGCCUCGCUGACGGUCGCCGAGGCCCUGUCGCGCUGGGCGCAGCGGGCCGCGGACUCAGUGAGUCUGAAUCUGUCUGAAGAGGAGCAGGAGCUGCUCCACGACGUCGCGCUCACAGUCGCGCUGCACAACAUGUUGAACGACGGUGUGGUCGCCGCCGCCCUCUGCUUCCUUGAACUCUGCGGCCUCGAGACCGAGCGCGUGCGAGUCGACGCGCUCUCCGCCAGGCAAAUCUACCUCCACCGCAAGGGGCUCCAGGCGCAGGCUUCGGCUUAUACUAGCAGAACUCCCCGACCCCGGAGACCGCGGAAAGAAAAGAAGGGCGCGAGCGCAAGACGAGCUGCAGAGGAGACGCAGCGAGGCACCGCAGAGACGAAGGCAGACGGUGCGGAGGGAGAGAAGGAGGCAGGCGCGAACGAAGGCGAGCGCGCGCGGGACAGCCGCCGCGAGGACGGCGACGGGCACCACGCCACGGCGAAGACAGACGAGGGAGACCAAUCAGAGACAGCCAGCCGCAGUGAAGGGGUGGGGGGACGCGAGAAGAGUGAAGAGAGCAGCGACGCGGAGGACGCGACGACUGAGGUUGAAGAGGACGACGAAGACGAGAGCGAAGCAGACGCGGUACCAGACGUCGAGGCAGCAAGAGUCAUUGAUCUCUUUCUCUCAUUCCCAAAACCGAAAAAACGCGUUGCAACGACAACGGCCCUCGAGGAGGGUGACGCGGCUCUCAAGGCGGGCAACUCAGGCACCGAGAGCGGAGCUGACGGGGCGCGAGGGCGCGGCGCGGACGCGCGAGCCGCACGAAGCGAGGGCGCAGAGAAAAGGAAGAAGGCUGAGAAAGACGAGGCGGACGAAGAAGAAAGCUCUGCGGGAAUUUCGUCGCCUCACCUGCUUGCGGCACUCAGAAUGCUCGAGGAGGCAACCUGGUCACUCGACCCGAACCUCGCGACGACGCAGGCCGCCGCAGCGACGCCGCUCAGUCUCGACUCGCCCUGGCACCUCGUCGGCCUCUUCUGCAGAGUUCAUCAACUCCCUCGGUCGCUGACGCUGCUCCACGAGUUAGCGCGGAACGACGACUGGUUGCUGUUUCUCCAUGAAGGAGACCUGCAGCAGUGUCCUCCCCAGACAAUGACCAACAUCAUCGACGGGUACUUCCGGGAGGCGCCUUUGCGCCACCACCUGCGGAUUGUCGUGCGCAGCGUGGAGCGCCCGACUGCGCCUUCCACCGCCCGGUUUUGGCGUCUGUCUCGCGUGCCUGCAAGUGCGUUGCUGUCUGACCUCGAGGAAGACCGCGACGCUGGCGCAGGCGCUCUCCUCGGCCUGCCGCUGGCGGCAUCCGCUCCCGCGCCCGGCUCUGCUGCGUCGCCCGCCGCGCCCGAGGCGCCUCUCUCUCUGGAGGAAACCCGUCCGGCGCCGGCGUUCGAGGGACAGGCGCAGGAGAGGCAGGAGGGGGGCCUCGCGGGCCGCCCCGGCGAAGCCCCGAGCGACCCGCGGGCGGGCAAGGCGCGAAGCGCCGGUACGAGCCCCACGGGCCUCCACGGCGCAACCUUGCGGCUGACGGAGACAGGCGAGGAGACAGAGGGGCCCCGCGACGCCGCCGCGAGUCUCGAGCUGGCGAACGGCGCCGACGUCAUGUCGGUUCUACUCAAGUCGCGCGUGAGCGCCCGCGGCGCGUCGUCCGCGUCUCCUGCGCCAGGGUUCGCCGAGUCUCCGGCGCCUGCGCUGGGGUCUCCGCCGGUCUCCUCGCUCGCGCUCGACUUCGCGCCGGCGGCAGGCGUCGGGCAGCAGCUGCUGCUGCAUGCGCUGAAGGUCUGCAGCCCGCGGCUCUCGGUCUACGCCGCGUGCUUCGCCGACGCAGACGCGCACGCGUGCCUCAACGCCUGGCUCUACAUGCAGACGCGGCUGCUGCUCCUACUGGCCGCCUACCGCGCGCAGCGCGCCCGCGAGCGCCUCCCACUCAGCGACGCACAGGAGGCGGAGGCAGAAGAGGAGGAGGAGGCGGGCGCUUUCGGCGGAAGCGCCAAGCGACGAGGCGCAGACGAGGAAGACGCGCGCGUACUGCUCCCCCGCGGCGCCGCGCGCCGCACUCAGGCGCGAGAGGGACGAAGACUGCCGUCGACGCUCGAGGGCCUCGAGGGCCUAGGGGACGUCCCCACCGGCCCGAACGGCGAGCGCCAGUCGAGUCUCCUCGAGCUCACUCUGCUUGGACUGUACCAAAUGGAGACUCUUGAGGCGCGCAGCGGGCGCGAGGCGAGGCGCGGCCGCGAAAACAGAGGAAAGAGACGGGGAGGGGGCGGAGCCUCCCAGACCCUCGCCAGGGGCGGGGGACGGGGGGACAGGGAAGGCCCGGAGCCCUCCGCUGGCCAGGCGGAGCCCGACAGAGGCCCCCGGAGGACGGCGCUCGCGGCUUCGAGUGGGAAAAGGGAUCUGUUUCAGGUCGUUGCGGCGGACAGAGCCGCCACAGGGUUCGCACUGGGGGUCGAGACAGACAGGGAAGGCCUCGUCGCCCCCGCCUUCUUUCCGACCGCGCCGGCUGGCCACGAAGAAGACCUCCUCCUUUGGCUGCGCGACCCCCGGCACGCAGGAGAUCUCGUCUUGUGGCUGUGCGAAACCGGGCUCUGCUCGCUGGUUAUCCGCGCGUUUCGACUGUUUGACGAGCGUGCCGUCGUCCUUGACGUGCUUCUCUUCUUCAGGGCCUUCCUCCAGUGUCGAUUCGACGCCUCGGAGCGCCUCCUCCGUCGCUUCGUGCGGCGCCGCGACGCGCUGCUGGCCAAGGGCGGCGCAGACGCGGAGAGCAAGGCCGAGUUGGAGAGCAAAAACAAAAGAAAGCGAAGAAGUGGAGACUCGAGAGAAAGCGACGAGACGCGGAGUAGAGACGAGAAAAGAGAAGUUGACGAACUUCGCGACAGGCAAGCCGGUCUGCCGCUCGUGCCUCAUGGACUUCGACUCGCCGAUGCGCUUAUUCACUUCCUCCUGAACAAGCAUCCGCUCUUCAGGCGGCAGCUGUUGGCGCAGCUUCACGAGGCUGCGUACUGUUCCUCGCUCUCUCUCCUGUUCCAUGCCUAUGUACUGCUUGAGGAGCAUCGCCUGCCCGCGCCUCUCGACUUCCGCAGCGACUGUGGCGAGCUGCUGGAUGCGCUGAUUUCUUGCCAUAAAUACGCUGACGCCCGCCGAUGGAGGCGCCUCACAGGUCUGCGCCCGAGUUUGGAUAUUUUCAUAACUGUUCACGAAGUCACGCAUCUCCUCGCGUCUUUCAAGGAGGGAGGCUGCUGGGCUGACGGCCGCGAGCGCCUCAAGACCUGGAUAAGAAGCUAUGAGCUCUUCAAACUCCACGGGUUCCCCGGGGCCCUCGCGGCGCUGUUCCUUUUGGAUGUCGCCGCCAAGCUGGAGCAGGAGCUGUUCGCCAGAGACCAAGCCAUGCUGCUGGCCAUGGCGCUGCAGCUGCUUCUGAGCGCCGCGGCGUCGCCCAGUUCGCCUGCGUCGGGUGCUGCCGACGCAGGCCUCUGUUCGCGGGAGGCGUUGGUCUUUUACCUCAGUCGCUGCGUUUUCUCUGCGCGAGAGCUCGACGCGGGCAUGGAGGGCCGAAGGCAAGCGUCGCCUCUCCAAGCCGGCGCCGCCUCGGAGCGCGAUCCGAGCAGCGAGCAAGGCGGAGUGGAUUGUCCGCCUUCUGCUCCCUUUUCUGCUCCAUUUCCCGCGUUUUUUUCUUCUUCUCUCCCUUCGUCUUCCCUGCUGUCGUCGUGCCUCGCGUCGUCGUUUGCGGCGCCGCCUGCGAGCGCCUCUUCCCCCGCGGCUGCCGGCGCGGAGUCUCAGUCCGCCACUUUGCUCUCGUGUCUGCCACUGCAGCCGUGGGAGCUGGCGUGCGUGUUCAAGACUCACAGUCGCGGGCGCCGACGCGUCGCUUCCUUCUGGCGCUCCAAAGUCGCUGGGGGGGGCGAGGACCGAGCGGACGAGGGGCUCGAGGAGACACUCGUCGGGCCACAGGGACGCCCGGGAGACGCCCGCGGAGAUAGUGAUGGCGAGAGCGAUGGCAAGGAAGCGGAGGCUGUCUGGGAGUCUGCGGCAGUGGUGUCUCUCCCUCUCCUUCAGGACAUUGCGUCGCGUUUGUUGCUGCUGCUGGCCGCGCAGUCCAUCGCGGCGGCAGAGGCAGCCGUGACGCCGUUUAUCAGGCCUCUCGAACAGGCGAGCGAGCAAGCGAGCUCGGACGGGCUGCGUCGCCCCUUAGCAGACCAGGACGCUGCGUUAAACUCGCUCGCUUUCCAUCAUCCCCUCGCCUUCGAUAGCUACGACGACCUCCGCGAGAGAGUCGAGGCGCUACUGCCAGCGCAUCUGCCGGCGCUGCCCUUCCGCAUCGAGGCCGCUCUCUGUGCGGGCGCGUCUUCGCCCACCCCUUCCCCCGCCUCUGCUGAAGCUCUCGCAGAUGGUGACAGGCCCGUGCCGUGCGUGUGGGGAGCCUCGUGUGCAACGCUUCUCCUCGGCUCGUCGCGCUUCUUCUCUUCGCCCGCCGCGGCCGCAGCUGCGUGCAUGCCCCCCCCAGACGGUUCCUUCUCCUCCUUGCCGCCUCCGUGGGCGGCGCCGUUCGCUGCGGCGCCUGCGGUCGCCGCCUGCUCGUCGCGCGGGUUUUUCGAGACCGCGACGCUGCUUAGGUUCCUGCAGCGGGCAUCGUCGAAUCUGAUCAACUCCAACCGCGUGCUGGCUGCCAAGUGCCUUGUCGCGCGCUUCUCACCCUGCAUCUCGCGAAGGCUCCAGCGCGGAGAGGAGGAGAAAGGAGAGCGACUGAGCAGAUGCGAGCGCGAUGGCGCCGAAGAGAGAGGGCAGUACGGCAGAAGUGGAGGCAUGUCGCGCAACGCGGUGAGCGCCAGAUGGCCGACAAAAGAUCGCAACGACGGCGAGACUGGCGGGGGAAUAGGAAGAGAGAAGCGAAGAGGCAGUCAAGACGCUCUGCGGAAGGGGAAGGGCGACGGGCGCGACAGCCGAAGUCCCACGAGCCGAUCGAAGACGCGGAGAGAGAGUGGAGGGCCUUCUCAAGAGGGAAGCCGAAAAGACUCCAACGAGAGCCCCGGGGACGAAGCCGAGAGGCGCGAAGAGCCAGAGAGCGAGCGGGACAAACCCGCGGUCGACGGAGGAGGCGCUGUCGACGAUCUGCAGGCGCAGCUGCAGCUGCUUGCAGACGACGUCGCGCUCGCGGAGUUGCUUCUGCGCGCAGUCAAAGUCUUCAGUCUCGAGCUGGCGGAGUCACGACGCCCCGCUGAGGGCCUCAGCCUCCCCAGCGGCGAGGGCGCGGAGCGCCUGCUGGCUAAUAGGGAGCUCGACGCCGACGCGCGAGAGAACCUGGAGGGUGGAGAAGCGGCGAACGAGGCUGGAGCGGCGGAGCACGCGGAGGAGCUGCGCGCGCUCAAAGAAGCCAUCGCGGGUGCUGCGUGCUUCUCGCACCGCUGGCGAGAGGAGCUGCCGGCUCUUCUGCCGCAUCAGCUGGAGCUCUUUGAGCUUUUGAUGGAAGAAGAAGCUCAUCCGGCGGGUGGCGCCGCGCUCUCUCAGGCGGCCGCUGCAGCAGAGGCAGGCCCCUCUGCUUCCAAGGCCUCCACGUCGGUUUCCUGGUGCUCGUCCCUCGCCGCGUCGUUGCCUUCUGGACGUCGGCGCGAGUGUCUGGGGCUUCUUGAGCAGUUGCUGCGGCGCUGCAGCGCGGCGACUCUCCCGUUUUCCACGCGGCUGCUGGUGUGUCUGGCGGUCGCACGCCUGCUGCGCUGGCCGCUCGCCGCAGUCGUCAAGCAGAAUCAGGAGUCGCCGGCGGCGCUGCUGCUCGCCCUUCUCCAGCGUGUGGGCGUUCCGACUGCCCCGAAGCCGCGGCUCGCCCUCUGUCGCCACUACCUAGAUGUCUCUGCGCAGAGCCUGUCCUCCCAGGCGGUCGCGCAGGCCGUGGUCUGCGCCUUCGUCGCCCACCAGCAGCAGGAGUUCCGCGAGAGCUCGCGGCGCCUACCCGCGCCAGACGAGGAAGACAAAGAGCAGGAGGAAGUCGAGGAGUGCGCGGGCGACGAUAGCGAAGACCUGGACGAAGAGGAAGUGGCGAUCGAGUGGUUCGAAUGGCCCCUGAGUCUGCUGCAUCAGUUCCUCGCUGUCGGCGGCAGCGGCAAGGGCGUCGGCGACGAAGCCCUCCGCGUGCUGCGCCGGCAAGUCACGCUGUGGCGCUGCUGGAACGACGGAGGCUGCAGUGACGGCGAAGAAGACACUCGAGCGGAGGACGACGCCUGCGCUCACGCGAGCGACUGGACCGCGGCGCGUCUGCCUUCGCAGCCGCUGCCGCUGGAGUGCGAAGUCGAACUGGCGAUUCUCGCCUAUUCCGCAUUCGCCAGCAGCAGCGCCUUCGCAGGCGUCGCCGAGCUCCUCAAGCUCCUCGACGGGAGGCUGGACGUCUACGUCGACUCGGGGCGCUUCUACCUGCUCUGCCGACUCCUCACCGCCGUCCCGGCCUUCCAGGGCCUCGAGCGCGCCCUCGAGUAA